AUGUCGAAUGUCAUGAUGCAGGAUAUGAAAAAAUGCGACCCGUAUUACUGCAUCCGUAUUACAGCACUAUGUUCAACAAUUGUAGCUCCGAACAACGACAUACGUGCGGCGAAGUUCAAGGAAAGCCCUGGAAACAAAAACUUUAGGAUACUUAACCCGUUUCACAUGACUUUGGGUCCCUUCCAGCAUAAGUUUAGCACAGAGGUGCUAGUUGUGGGUGCAGGAGCGUCCGGCCUUACCGUCGCUGCGGCCUGCCUUGCUUCAGGAUGCGACGUAGUUGUUUUGGAGCAAGAGCCUCAUGUUGGCGGCUGGUCUAACAAAGCUCCGAAAGAAGCUUUAAUUGUACAUUUGACUAAUAAAACGGACAGCUUGGAAAUUCGCUGGCACGCAAUCUGUGAGGACCUCCCGUCGGGGCAGCUCUUCUCGGCUCACGCAAAUUUUGUGGUGCUGUGUACCGGCCACGACUUGCCGCCUGAAGCACGCCAUUCCAAAGUCCUAGGACAGGUGCAGCUGCCCGCUCAUGCACGACUGGUUCACUCCCGUGGCGCCAUCCUGGCUGAUGUGGCCGCUGGUGGCGGUGCCAGCGGUGCCGGCGGCAUCGCAGUCGUGGGCGACGGCACUGAGGCGUUUGAUUGUGCGGCUGCACUGGCGCUCCUGAGAGAGGGUCGGGAUGUGACGCUGGUUGAGCAACCGGUUGAAGGGUGUCUGCUCUCCGUUGUGGACGGCGUCUCACUUCUCGAGGGUGCCCGGCGCCGCGCACUUCACGCCGCACUUCAGCCGCACCCCUCCCUGCCGCCGCCGGGACCCGUGGGGCGAGUGCUGCGAGCUCCCACCAAGCGUCGCUUCUGGGCGUACGUCAAGGGACGAGCGGCGGCGGUCGUAUCACUCGGCAGCGGCGGCGGCGGUGGCGGCCGCGGCGGCGGCGGUGGCGGCCGCGGCGGCAGCUGCUCGCUGAGUACGGCAGGGGUCGGGGCUGGUGACGGGGCGGCUACUGCCGCCGGCGCCGUCACAGUCGCCGGUGCUGGCGCCCAGCUGGUAAACUGCCAGCUGGUGCUUUGGGCGCCCAGUUUUCGUGACCCACGGGUCAUGCCCUUCCUGGAGCCCUCCCUGCGCCAGGCACUGCUCCAGCGGGGAGAUUCCCACCAGCAGCAGCCACUGCCAAUCCCGGGGGAAGGGGGAGCGCCGCCGCCGCCGCCGCCAGCAAGCGACUUUUCCGAUCAGCUGGUGCUCUUCCGCGGCAUCGUACACCCCGACGUCCCUGGCCUGGGCUUUGUGGGCUGGCAGUCCCAUGCCUCCACUCCGCUGCUGGUCCUGGAGCUCCAGGCCCAGUGGCUGGUGGCCCUCCUCACCGCCCGAAUGAACCUGCCGACAGCCCAACACAUGCACGAGGACAUGGCGCGGCAGAGGGCCUGGCGAGCGGCCGCCCUGGUGUCGCCGCUCAUGUCGACCCGUGGGUCACUGGCUCGCACCCACGAGGGACAUUACGUAAGGCAACUGCUGGGCGAUUUGACGGGGCUCGUUGAGCUCAGGACGCGGUCAGCCCUUUCACCUCCGGCGGCGGCGGCGGCGGCCUGCACCGACGGGCUCUGGUCGGACCAAGUACUCGUACCUCUCCCGCAAGGUCAACGGGUGGGCCAUGGCAAAGGAGCCCCGUCGGUGUACGACACUAAUGCUAGGCAGCAGCAGCAGCAGUGUCCGCUGCCUGACCGUCUCUCCUGCGAUGGCACCGCCGCAGCCGCUGCCAGUGAGCGCGGGCUUGGGCCUCAGAGGGGCCCCUCGGAGUGGUCGCCGCCAGCUUCUCCGCCAACCUCUACCGCCGCCACCGCCUCCGCCUCGACUGCGUGUCGUACUUGGAACCAGUGGCCAGCGUCACGGGUGGUUUCAGAGGCGAACCGCGGCACGAAGCCUGGAAGCCCCAGCGGCGGCGUUGGCGGCUUCGGCAGUAGCAGUGACGCCGCCGCAGGCGCUGGUUGCCUCAACCCGAGCUGUAGCGGCGUCCUGGGUCAGCUAGGUUUGGCGGUGCGGCCCCAGCCUCCGUCCAUCGCCGUACAUGCCUCCGCCAACGAUACCGCAGCCGUCGCAGCCGAUAGGUCCACCGCACCGGAACUAGGUUACUCGACGGAGGCGGCGGCGGCGAUAGGCGCCGGCAGCUGCUCUCCUCGGAUCAGGCUGCCGCCGGGUCGACGUCACACUAUGUCAGUGUUGCCGUACAUUCACGGUGCCAGCGGCGCGGGAUGCAGCCGCGGCAGUGGCGGCAGCGGCGGCAGCGGCAGCGGCGGCGGCGUCACAGCUGGUUGUUCCAGCUGCGGUACGGCGUCGGCGCUCCUUGACCCAACUGGGAAUAAGCUUUCUACAAAGGGCCGUACGACAUCCCAGUACACCACUUUUGGCCAGUUCACCGAUCUGCUCGAAGUGCCGACGGCGGGCACCGAAGGUGCGGCUGCGGCCACCUCCGACAUGCAAGGCCUGGAUGGAAAAAGGCCCCCCUCAGGGCCGCUUGCGUGGGACAGAUGCUACAUCCCAGCAUCCUCGCCCCAGCCAGGCGGCCGCAGCAGCGGCGGCAUUGCCGCCGCCGCCGCCGCCGCUGCUGCCGCUGCCGCCAGCCGUGGACGUCAUAGCGCCGCCAGCCUCCCGUUGCUGAAGCUGCUGCCCCUGGGCCGGCUGGGACAAGCCAUCAGCAGCGGCGGCAGCGCCGCCGCCGCCGCCGCCGCCACCUCAGAUCAGUCGGCUGCUGCCGACCUGACAAACAGCCGCAGGCAUCAUCAUUAUCAGCAGCAACCGGGGCGACAGAGCGGCACCACCACCUCCACAACAGCAAACAGGAGGCGUACGGGGCCGCGGAGGUCUAUGUCCACAAGCGACGUGAUGUCUGCUCAGCGUAGCCGGGCCCUGCAGCAGGCCGCAUGGGGCUGCACUGCCGGCAGCGGCGGCAGCACCCCCGCCGCCGCCGUACCACCCACACCUGCCGAUCUAGAGCAUCAGUUGGCGGCUCUCCGUUGGCAUCUGCUCAAUCCAUCUGCCGUACCUUUCCCAGGACGCGCCGGUCCCCAAUCAGCACGUUUCGAUAAAUCUCUCCCUGCCGCCGCUACUGCCGUACAGCUACAACCGCACUCGACGGCUCUCACGAGUCUAAAAAUGCCGGAUAGUACGGAAAUUUUCCCGUCUGUCGCGCCGUCCACGGCUUCCGCCAGCGGCCUUGGCCCGCAUUCGCCGUUGCUGUACAUCAGCCCAUGUUCCGGAGUGGCGGAGGAGGGAGAGGAGAAAGCGCGUGGCGGUGACGGCGAUGGCGACGGCGACGGCGAGUACGAUAGGGGUCGCCUCAAGCUCAUCGCGACCGCCAACCGGGCUUUCCGCCGCGUCUGGAACCAGGAGGCGGCGGCUGCCGCCGCGGCGCAGCCAAACAACGCCGGUCUGAGGUCCAAGCUCUUCGCAAAUGCGGCAGAGAAGCACAGCGGCAGCGGCGGCGGCAGCAGCCAAAAGGCCGUCAGCGCUCCUCGCAUCGUACCGCAAGCUUUGAGGGCUGGGUAUGGCGGCGGGGACGGUGGCGGCGGUGGUGGCGGUGGUGGAGACCGCCUCGGUAAAUCGUUUGGUGGCCUUCUCGGCGAUGCAGCGGAGGCGGCUCGGUUGCCGUACAGAGAGCGCAUUGACGACAUCGCACCAUUCCCGAUUCAGUACGACCCCUUCCUUCGGCCACGUCGCGGAAUGGCCGCGGAUGCCUCGCCUAGAUCACUUGGGACGCCGACGGCGACGGCAGCGGCAGCGGCAGCGGCGGCGCUUCCGCUACCGUUGAGCAGGCCGAACGGAUCAUCUCUAAUUUCCGGUACAGACUCUCCACGAUGCCAACUGGCUGAAGCUUUCUCUGCCACUGCCCCCGCCGUCACUGCCGCCGAUGUUUCGCGCACAAGCACCACCAAAGCAUCGCCACCCACAGCGGUAUCUGCCAACGCUCCAAACGCCGCCACCGACAGUGUACUGCGCAACUCCUUGUCCGCUUCAUCGCCCUUGCCGAUAGGGCCCCAGAUGUCAGUGGUGUAUAAUGCGCGUCUGCAAAGCACCGGCGGCAGCAGCGCCGCGGCCACCGCCACCACAGCGGCGGCUGCCGCUGCCGCCGCCGCCACGCCGCCACCCUCCACCGCCGCCAGCUGCCUCCGUACGCCUUUUCCCGAGCUGAAUGCUAAGGAAGCCUCCGUAGCUGCAACAGAUUCGACAGGAGCCGUUGGCGGCGGCGGCAGCUGCCGGCUGCCACCGCCACUGCCGCCACCGACGCCGCAGCCGAAAGUCCAAGGUGGCGACGCGGAGGUGGAGGCGGAGGAGGGUCCGUUCGACAUUGACAUCAUGCAAUCCCUUUGUGGAUCCGGUGACUCGUGCGCGCCGGAACCAUCGGCUGCUGGGGCGAGAGGGGCCUAUGGGCCGGCGCCAGUGCCUGCCCGUGGGUCCGAGGACGACGGCUUGUCUGGGAAUCGACGAACGAAUGGGUCGGCGCUGGUGCAGACCCACGGGUCCUUGUCUUCCGUGGACCAGAAGCUGUUGGAGGCAGUGGAGGCGCUUGCGGCUGCCGGUGCUGGCGGCGCUGGUACCGGAACCGGCGGCGAUGCGUCCGACGGCGGUAAUGCGCAGGCGAGGGGUGUGAUGAUCGGAACCGGCUUGGCGAGUGGCUUGCCCCGCGAUGAGCAUGGCACCGCCGCCGCCGCCGCCGCCGCCGUACCGGCGGAGCCUGACGACGGCCGGCCCGGUCCCGCAUGGGUAGUACGACGCGCGACCCAGGCACGUCAGGACCAAAUUGUCGGAGAGAUCUCGACAUGGCUCCGGGAGGCCCUGGUACGGAAGGCCACCAGCGGCGUACUGCAGUCCGGAGACGCGGCGGCCGCCACUACAGCUACUGACGCCGAGGAAUCUGGGGACGGUACGGCCGCCGCUGCCGCUGCGGCGGGGCCGAUGGCGGUGGCGGUUCAUGCAGGAUUUCGGAGCCGGGUGCAGAGCGCCAGUGGUGCAGGGCCGCUAGCUGCCGCACAUGCCGCGAUGAUGCAGGCUGCAGCGGGGGCGAAGGCUGCGGUAACCGCUGACGGCGGCGCAGCCGCCGCCGCCAGCGGUAGCGGUGGAAAUCGACGGCGGCUGCCCCCGCGACUACCCCACACCAGCCGGGACUGCCAAGGCCACCACAGACCCUGGCCGCAGGGGGUUUGCUCCGGAACCCACUUUGGUUGGAGCCUGCUAGAGGUCGUGACCGUGGACAUGUUGCGAGUGAGAGUUGCAGCUGUUGGUCGAAUGCAGGUGGUGGUGGUGGUGGUGGUGGUGUCGUGCGGAUGGGAGGAGUGUGGAUCGGGAGGAUGGGUUGGCAUGUUUGCAUGCGUGCGGAGUGUAUGA